AAUAUUAAUAUUAAUAAUUAGGUAACAUUUUUCGUGCUCUUAGAAAUGUUAGUACUGUUACCGUCUCUUCUUCUCUUCUAUUCUCUUCUCUUCUCAGAGAAAUAGCAUCGUAGUAAUCUCCGAAAAUGGAUAACGGCGAAGAUAACGGCGUUAACGGCGCCGGCGGAACCACUACCAAGGAGGAGCAAGAGGAGGCAUUGGUAGCUCUCAUCGAACACCGUACUCGCGAAGUCAAAAACCUCCGUCACCGCCUCUCCUAUUACAAAUCGCAGCUUGAGGAAGCAGAAAAAAGGCUGCAAGAUUCCGAGACAAAAUUGGCUCGCCUUCGAGGUCAAACUAAUAAUGCUGUGUCAUCUAGAAGUUCCUUAGACAAUGGAAUUAAAACUGUGAAGGUAGAACGUAGAUCAAGCAGUCCAACAGAUAGAAAUGAAGAUUCUUCCAAAAAACACCAUCAAUCCAAACCAGAACUUCUUAUUCCUGCCGUGCAACCAAAAACUUCGCAACCAACACCGCCAAGAUCUUCUACAAAAGCUGCCGUAACUUCUGGUUCUGAAGCAAGUCCAUCAGUUCACAGUUCUGGUUCUAGAGUAAAAUCUGAAAUAUCCCAAAGACCUUCUUCUGAGAAGAAGAGUACUGAAGACAAGGACAGAGGGACCAAAAGGAAGUUUGAGCAAAAAGAACACAAGGAAUUGAUUCCUUUAAUACGCAAAAGUGCUUCACCAAAGUUGGUAUAUUGUCAUACAAGCAACCAUAUCUCAAGUCAACACAAGAGGAAAUUGCGGAGUCUUGCUUAUUGUCCUGUAAAUGAUAAUCUUUUCGUGACCAGUGCUUUGGAUGGAGGGCUCAACUUGUGGCAAAUUCAGGCUAGGGGAUCAUCAGCCUCCCGACUUAGCUCUACUGAUUGUUCAUCCUCAAAGCAGCGGAGAUGGCCGGAAGAUUUAGCCUGGCACCCAGAUGGAAACAGGCUAUUUGCAGUAUACAGCGCCGAUGGGGGAGACUCUCAAGUAUCAGUUAUGAAUCUGAAUAAAGGUCGAGGGGGAGAUCGAGUAAGAUACUUAGAGGACAAGCCGCAUGUUAAGGGUAUUAUCAAUGGCAUUGUUUUUCCUCCCUGGGAAGAUACAUGUUUCCUAACUGGCGGAAGUGACCAUGCUGUUGUGCUUUGGAGCGAACAAGAUGGCGAGAAAUGGAAGCCAAAAGCGUUGCACAGGAAUCUUCAUUCUUCUGCUGUCAUGGGUGUUGCUGGUCUACAUCAUAAACAGAUUGUGUUGUCUGCUGGUGCCGACAAGAGAAUAUUCGGGUUUGAUGUUCGUGCUGGUAGAGCAGAUUACAGGCAUCAAGUUGAUACUAAAUGCAUGAGUGUCCUACCCAAUCCAUGUGACUUCAAUUUAUUCAUGGUUCAAACAGGGACUCAUGAGAAGCAGCUAAGGUUAUAUGAUAUACGACUGAGGCAGACAGAACUUCAUGCUUUCGGAUGGAAGCAAGAAAGUAGCGAUUCUCAAUCGGCUCUGAUAAAUCAAGCUUGGUCUCCUGAUGGACUAUACAUAUCAUCUGGUUCAGUAGAUCCUGUUAUCCACAUAUUCGACAUCAGGUACAACGCGAACAAGCCUUCGCAGUCGAUAAGAGCGCAUCAGAAGCGCGUCUUCAAAGCAACAUGGCUUCAGUCAAUGCCUGUUCUCAUUUCCAUAUCUUCGGAUCUCAACAUUGGAUUGCACAAAAUUUCAUAGGUACAAAGAACAUCUCUAUAAGACUAUACAUACGCCCUGCCCCCAUGAAAGUAGCGUGUUUCUGUUGCCACUUUUUGUUGGUGAUGGAUGCUGAAUUCUCGUUUUACUUGUAAUUUCUGAGGGAAGAACAUUAACUUGUGCAACCUUGGGAAGUUUAAGGGUUGCAAAGAGUGAAAAGGGGUAGGCACUUGUUUUGGAACAUAGCCUUGACAAAUACUAGGAAAGUUUUGGUUGGAAAGGGAUGCUCGGAUGUUGGAUUUGACACCUGUUGGUUGGAUACACUGUCAAUUACUUAAUGGUUAGAAACCUCAAAAUCUUUUGAUAAAAAAAAUAG